AUGGGUGGAAUUACACAUUCGUCUUUAGUAUGUUGUUGUGGAUUAAGACGGAAUAACCAAUGCUGCUAUCCGUGUUCUGCUUGUUGUAAUAACUUCAAGGACAAAGCGCCAUUUUAUAAUUUCGAUGGUUCGGAAGCGGUCGACCCACUUGUUUGCGUCUUUAAGCCGUCUAAAAACUUGAUACGUCGAAAUUUUGUACCUGGAAUAGUUAUUGAUAAUGCCACCUUACGUCGAGGACUUGGGCCAGUUGAACAACUUACUUAUCUUUGUAAAUAUGCUCAAGAUAAUCAUUUUAAAGUCAAAGCGGUCGGUAAAGGAAUGUCAUGGAAUAAAAUUACUUCAACUCGCGACAUCUUAGUCGUAAUGACUUCAUUAAAUCGGAUUUUAACACCACGAAAUAAAUCUAAAGGCGAUGACUCUAGAGAAAUUGAAGUGGAAGGAGGAAUGCUGAUGAAAAAAUUCGUUAGAGCUUUGGAUAAAAAGUAUGGCUUAGCUUUACCAGUUGUUGGUAGUUUUCUUGGUCAAACCGUAGCAGGAGCUUUAUCAACUGCGACUCACGGCUCUGGUUACCAUGCUCAAACGAUGUCUGCCUAUGUGGUUGCUGUUCGCUUAAUUAUUGGUGGUGGAAUCCAAGUAAUAAUACGUGGAGGUAAUGAAAGUAUUCACCAGUGUCAGCAAAGGUUAUCUCAGGUCACGUUCGGCGAGAUUUUAGAAAUUAACAGCGAUGAAGUCUUGAAAUCCGUUUCGGUAUCGCUAGGUGCAAUGGGUAUUAUCUAUAGCGUUACUUUUGCUUGCAUUCCAACUUUUCGAUUAAAGGAGGCGAGGAUAGAGUUAGAUAUGCCAGUUCAACCAGAUCAACCAUUUAGAGUGCCGGAAAAUUUUGAAAAUCUAUACAGAGGACCUAAAGAUACCUAUUUUUCAUUUUUUAUUAAUCAAACUCCAAGAACUGAUCCUGAAACAGGAUUUGCUCAUGAUGCAGUUUAUCUACAAAGCCAUAAGACAAAGAAAUCACCUACUUGUGGUGGCUGCUGCCAUGCUUGCUGUGCUUGGUGGUGUUUACCUGGAGGUCGAGGUUGCUCUGAUAGCUGUUGCUGUCAAGGUGAUAUUGCAGCUUCUGCCGUUUUGGGUUGUAUUAGAAAUAAUCCGCAUUGCGCUACAAAAUUCAAUACAUGCGUAUUGGAUUCAAUGACACGAAGCUAUCCAUUCCAUGCUUCUUACUAUAAAGUGCUAGAAAUAUCUAAGGGAAGGACUCACGUACGUACAGCUGAAUUUGCAAUUCCCAUCGAUGUUAUGGAGAAAGCUUUGCAAGAUAUUUUUCAAAUUACGGCAAAAUAUAAGUCUCUGUACGUUGAACAUCAAAUACUUCCACUAUACUGUCGGUUAGUGAAAUCAGACGAUUUGCCGCUAAGCCCAGCAAAUAAACACCGCCCGGAUGGAACUACUGUUGAACAUUACAUGUACAUUGAGUUACCAUUUUUACCUGGUACAUAUGGUGUAGAAAAUUACUUAGAGUUGAUUGAGAAUACAUUAGUUCAAAAAUAUAAAGCUCGACCUCAUUGGGGUAAAAACCACAAUUUGCAAUAUGCUACAAUCAAAGCACUCUAUCCAGGAUUGGAAACCUGGGAGAAGGUUUAUCGUAUGUUUAAUCCUGAUAAGAUUUUCGAUAAUGACUUUACCGUUCGCUGUGGUUUUUGUACAAGUGAAGAUUAUGCAUAUAUUGAUACCACAACACCAAUGGUCGCUUGCCCAACGCAAUCUAUCGAUAUGAAAAUGGUAAGCACAGAUGAAGUAGUCGAUCUCGAAAACAAUGAUAAUAUCAAAAGUGAUAAAGAAAUGGAAGACAAAGGCCCAGAUGUAACAAACUCGAAAGUAGAUACUGAAAAAUCUACCGAUGAUAAUCUGACUACCGUUCAAAAUUAAUUUCUUUUUCGCCACAUAAA